AUGUCUGCAACCGCGUCCUCCGCCUUGAGGACCGCCACUGCGUCACCCGGCACCCUCGAUGCCGCGGCUGACUUACACACCUCCGAGGCAGUGAAGGAAACGUUCAAGCUUCUCGUGCGGCGUCUCGUUCUGGUUGACACAGCUGAAGACAACUUUCAAUGGUCUUCGCGGGCAAAGCAGCAGUGGGGUGGCGGCAAGCCCCUCUUUGUGUCUGUUAGCAACAAAUUCAAGGAGCACGGCAGCACCUCGCCACGGAACAUGAUGUUUGGUCAUCCACAGCAGUCGCAGCAGCAGUCGUGGAGCGGGAUCGAAUGGCGAGAGAGUAAUAGUAUAGCAGUGCCACUGGAGGAUGAUCCUGUGCUAAUGAUCGAGGUUGGCGUGCUCCGGCAUGGAAAGAAAAACGUGCUGGGACUCGGUAUAAUGAACACACAGUCGAUAUUGACGGAGAACCGCCAGUACACCAAGUUUACAGUGCAUGUGUUGCCCACUCACAUCUCGAUUGAUGCCUCCACAGUGCACGUGGUAGCAGAGGUGGAGAUCUACAGCAGCCUGCUUCGCGAGUCACCCGAUUUAAACUUCACUCCGUUGGAGUACAACUACGGCACCGUGCGAGUAUCCACCGUGGACUUCUACUACCCGUCCUUCUUUCUCACUGGGACUGGCGAGUAUAUUGUGUCCAAUGUGUUGUGUGCGAUGAAUAUGACAGAGUUCAGCUCCCUGGCUAUGCAGCUGGUUCCGUUGCGGUCGUCUGCCAGCUACAUUGCCACAGAGCCGUCGCAGGUAAUCACGGUGCGGCCGCAGCAGCGCGUGUACUUCAGUGCCACCUGGAACCUUACUCAUCGAGCCUGCAUGAGAACACUGGAAAUGCAGCUCACAGUGAACGGCUCACAGAAGCCGUCAGCACCGGUUCUAAUCAAGGUGCACAAUCAAGUUCCGCAGACAUCCAGCAACACAGAUGUGCCCUUCCACUAUUGGGUGAACACAACGUGCAUCACAAAUCGACAGAUGCUGCCGUCUCAGGAGUUACCCCUCAUCCAUGCCGUACUUCCAGUGUACCGCUUCAUCAGUCGCAGCGCCCCCAUCGACCAAAGGGAGGGCAUGAUCGUGGCGUUCGACAAGGACAAGGGCGAGCAUGUGCUGGUACGAGCCAACGGCGUGCCAGUGACAAUGGGGAAACUGUACGGGAGCGAUCAGCAGCACCAGCGCCAGCAACAGCAACUGCAGCCGCAACUGUCCAUGCAAAAGUCGGGCACCGGUGCCUAUGCGCUGAGCAGGCUGGAGAAUAUGAACUUCAUGGGUGGCGGGGACAUGGUACCUCAAUUUGACUUUGACGUGAACGCUUCCUUCGUCGUGUGUGACAACCACGUCAGAAACCCAUUCUCGUCGCGCGGGCCGCUGCUGAAUCUCUCGCAGAAGACGUGUUUAUGCACUAUUGCCCUCGGGCCGAUUCGUGGGUUUCCCAUGGUGUACGAGGCCACCACUGGCCUGUCGCCAUCUUUCCAAGUGAGUGUGACACUGCUGGAUCAGCGGGGGUGGCAGGUUGUGCAUGGUGAAACCCUUCCUAGCUACCAUAGCGCCAGCGGCAGCUUGCGAUGGGCAGAGCAGUUGGUGCUGCGGAAGUGGCCAGGGGCGACGUCACAGCAGUUUGUUCGCCUCAAUCUGACCGAGGUGCGGCCCCGCGACGGGGACGAGACGCCAAUCGGCGCCGGCCUCAUCUCGCUCCCCAGCAUGCAGCGCCUAUACACGCAGAACCCGCUGAGCGUCGCCUUCUAUGUGUACGAGACCUACUCCUUGUACGAUCAGCUGAGCUCGUCGUCCUUGCUAAUGAAGGAUGUGAACGUUAUCUUCUCGGAGCUGCGCUGA